ACAUCCCUGACAAGCAGCUGUUGCUACAAUGUUACAGAACUCCCACGUGCGCAAAUUAAUCUGUGGUCACUUUGUGAUAGUUUGACUAAUCGUCAGUUAUUUGUGAGAAUUUUCUACAUCUUCGACGAGAGGACAAUGGAGGCCGCUAUUACGAUUAAUCCCGGGGCCACGAAAUGGGACAUCCGAGAGAAAGUUUGGGAUUACAUUGAAGCUAAGAAUCUUGCAAACUUUCCAAGGCCUGUGCACAACAGAAUCCCCAAUUUUAAGGGUGCCCACACUGCCUGCGCCAAGGUGUCGGAGCUGCAGGUAUUCAAUGAGACUGACGAGGUGAAGGUGGACCCUGACAAGCCGCUGGAGGGGGCGAGGCUGGCCGUGCUGCAGGCGAGGAAAACCCUGCUGGUGCCGACCCCUCGCCUUCGCACAGGACUCUUCAAUAAAAUUGUCCCGCCUGAGGGAGCAAGCAAAGAAGAACUGAGAGUGUGCUCCACCUCGCAGGGAGUGAAGGAGUUCAGCAUCCCUGUGGGUCUGGAUUCCAAGGUUCAGGUGGAUCUUCUGGUGGUUGGCUCUGUGGCCGUGUCUGAGAAAGGUUACCGGAUAGGUAAAGGAGAGGGUUUUGCUGACAUGGAGUAUGCCAUGAUGCUCUGCAUGGGGGCUGUGACGGAAUCCACUGUGGUGGUUACCAUCGUCCAUGACUGCCAGGUUGUUGACAUCCCAGAGGAUCUGAUUGAGAGCCAUGAUAUCACUGUGGACUACAUCCUCACCCCGACCAGAGUCAUCAAGACAGACUGCCAACGCCCCAACUCCCAGGGCAUCAUCUGGACUAAGCUGAACACUGAGAUGCUGGAGAAGAUCCCCGUGCUGAAGAAGCUCCGGGCCUUGGAGGAGGAGCAAGGGAAAGACGUGACCCUGGGGACCCACCCUCCCCCGCAGCCCAGGGAGAGGGCCAGGAGGGAGCCCCGGAGGGACAGAGAGCCCAGGUCAGAGGGUGAUAGACCCCGGCGUGAGCCCAGGCGCAGGCCUAGACGGGACACCCAAGAGGACUCUGAGAGGGACCCCAACGGGGAGUCCAGAGAGGAGACUGAGCAGAAACCCAGACGACGCCCACCAAGAGUGAGGAGGGAGGGGGACAGAGAGGGGGGUAGGGAUGGUGAUGGGGAGGGAGGCCAGGAGGGAGGCAGAGAGGGGGGUAGGAGGGUCAGGGGAUUCCGCAAUGGGGGCUUCCGUGAGGGGGGCAGAGAUGGAAGUAGGGGGAGAGGCAGAGGAGGAGGCCGGGAGGGGGCCAGGGGGAGGGGAAGAGAGGUGGACAGGGAUGGGGUCAGGCAAGAGGGCAGGGAGGAAGGUGGCGAGCCCCGUGAGCGCAGGCCCCCCCUGACUGUGACCACAGUGUACCUGGGGGGCAUCCCUGCCGGGCUGCGUGUCAGCGAGCUGAAGACUGCUCUCCGGGAGAGGGAGGCAGCCCCCAUCCGUCUCACGUGGCAGGGUGCUCAGCACCGGGCCUUCCUGGACUACUUAGACCCCCAGGCUGCAGACCAGGCCCUGGCCGCCCUGGAGGGGCUCUCCCUGAACGGCCACGACCUGCAGGCUGAGCUGGCCAAGAGCCAGAGGGGAGGCAGGAGGCCAGGUCCAAGCAACCGGAGGCCCAGACCAAAUACAGGCCCCAAAAAUACAGCUAGAGAAAGUAGAGAGAGUACGAGUGAACCAGAGGCAGAUUCCCCCAAGCAGGAGCUCAACCAUAACGAGUAACUGCCUGCUUCUAUGUCCAUCUCUGUACAGAAGCCAAGCCAGCAGAAAGAAAAGGCUGUGUUUCAUGAAAGGGAAGGAUGAUACCUUCACUGUA